AUUCUCUCUCUCUCCCUCUCUUCCUUCACAGCUUACGCGCAUUAAUUGCUGUAGUUUCAAAACCUCAAGAAAUGGCUGAUAUCAUGGUGUUGUUCGACUUCGACAAGACCAUCAUGGAUUGGGACUGCGACGAUUGGAUUGUCCAUGAGUUGGGGUUGACCGAUUUGAUUGAUGAGCUUCGUCCUACCAUGCCCUGGAACUCUCUCAUGGACAAGAUGAUGGGGGAGCUUCAUUCGAGAGGAACAACAGUCGAAGAAAUUGCAGAUGUUCUGAAAAGAGCUACGAUGCAUCCCAGGAUAGUUCCCGCCAUCAAAUCAAUUCAUGCUUUGGGGUAUGAGCUGCGGAUCGUAAGUGAUGCCAAUAUCUUUUACAUCGAGACGAUCCUGAAACAUCUGGGCAUACGGGAGUGUUUGUCCGAGAUCAACACAAACCCGAGCUUUGUCGACGAAGGAGGGAGGCUCAGAAUUUUGCCUUUUCAUGACUUCAGGUCCUCUUCUCAUGGAUGUGGUCUCUGCCCUCCAAACAUGUGCAAGGGGGCGGUGAUUGAAAGAAUACAGGCCUCGGUAUCUGCAGAGGGCAAGAAGAAGAGGUUCAUCUAUGUGGGAGAUGGGGUUGGCGACUACUGCCCAAGCCUGAAGCUCUCGGAGGGCGACUUCAUGUUGCCGAGGAAGAACUACCCGGUCUGGGACUUGAUCUGCAGGAAUCCCACGCUGUUGAAGGUGGAGAUUCGCGAGUGGACGGACGGCGAAGAGCUGGAGCGAGUCCUGCUUCAGUUGAUCAACACAAUAGCCGCUGAAGAGGAGUUCAAAUCUGGCCAGUCGAUUUCAUCAGACCGCAAGCUGCAGACAGUUGCAGACCGUUGCCGUGUCUGCCCAUGAAGCCCUCCCUUCCAGCUGUCCCCGUACCUCAGUAAGAACUUUUACGAUGAUGGCAAAAUAAGAAAAACAAUUGUGGGAUGUAACUGGUUUGACUUGAUAUUUGUACUGCCGCACUAGUUUUUGGACAGCUCUUUUAGAUUGAUUCAGCCUAAGGUCCAUUGGCAGCCAAAAAAUUAUGCUUGGCUGAUGAAACAGUGAUUAACUAAAGAGUUGGCUAAUGAGACUGCAAUUCUCUC